AUGAAAGCUCCAAAAUACACAGAGGAUCAAUUAGAGAGAAUUCCGAGAUGUUGCCGCGCGUUAAGGCGAGUGCAUUUCGUCAACAAGUUGAUCGUGAUGGACGAUGAAAAAUAUUUUAUUUUGUCCAACUCUGAGAUGAAGGGUAACGAUGGGUUUUACACGAACGAUUACGAAAAUGUACCUGAUGAAAUAAAAUUCAAAAGUAAGAAAAAAUUUGAGGACAAAAUUUUGGUAUGGUGUGCAAUUUCUGAGGCUGGCUUUAUCUCACAGCCCUACAUUGGUGUUGUUCGAGGCGAAACCUUAAACGCAAAUAUUUAUAUUCAAAUAUGUCUCUCUAAAUUGCUUCAGUUUGUGAACACACAUCAUGCAAAUGAUCAAAUAGUCUUUUGGCCAGAUCUUGCUUCAUGUCAUUACGCGAGGAUCACAAGGGACUGGUACGAAACUAACAACAUUACCUUUGUACCGAAAGCAGACAAUCCCCCCAACCUACCUCAGGCUCGUCCAAUUGAAGAGUUCUGGGCAAUAUUAAGUCGGAAAGUCUAUAAUAACGGAUGGGAAGUACAAAAUCAGGAACAGUUAAGACGCCGCAUAUAUACAAAAAUUAAAGAAAUUGACGACGAGGUCGUCCGAAGGAUGAUACAACGUGUCAAGGGAAUUAUUAGGCAAAUCGAAAAUAAUGGUCCCUUGUCUGUCAUUUGA